UUCCUGUUGUAUUGAUUAAGCAGAAGGUCGGUCAAGGCAUACUGAAAGAGGUGGAAGACUCUUCUAAAACUGUCAACAUCAUCAUUGUCAGGGAGAGCUCUGUAGAUACUGCAUUUCCUGAAUAUCAGUCACCAGACGAUCGCAUAGCUGUUGCUGCUGAAACACCUGAAGAAAAGCCAGGUUUUUUUUCAUGGUUUAAAAAAUCCAAAAAGUUCUAUCUAACAAAACAGUUGGAGAAGUUGUUGUAUGUUAGUGGGACUAAACAGCCAGCAGUAAUGUGGAAUGACAAUGAAAGAAUGCUGGGUACUUUUCAACUUCUUGAUAAGUUUGAAGCAUUUGUGAGUGCUGGCUCAAUAAACGGCUCCAAACUAGAAAAUAAAGUGACAAAAAUCUGUCAGCAUUUACAAACCUGCGUGGAAAAGAACUAUGCUGUUGACUUUCCUUCUCAUUGUCUGUUGGUGUUACGACUCAGAUCGCAACCAACCUAUUAUGAUACUGAUGCUCUUUCAGUUUAUGAAAGUUCCUGCAUUAUAAGAUUGCAUACACUGACAGCUCAAUCAGUGGAGAAUGUGUUUGUACCUUUUCUCAGGAGUGGUUUAAUACUUCCUUGGGGUGACGAGAGUAAGAGCACUGUUGAAUUACUGAGCAUGUUUUUAAAGUCUUUAUACCGGAGCUUAUCAAACAGAAGUAUUGAGAACUUGGGAGUUUCGCUUGUGACAGCUGAGAUGUACCUUGCCAUUCAGCAGGUUUUGGGAUUUCAGGGGUCUUCUGAAGCGUUUUGGAAAUCAUUUAUAAAGAAACUUGAUCCUGCUUUGUUGCCAUGGAGUCAAGAAUUGUUGAUAGAAAUCAAGAAUAAGAUUGAUCUUGCACCAUUCAUGAAUCUUCAACCAUCGAUGAGGUUUAGCUGCAAUUGCUUGACAUAUCUGAUUCAUCAAUACAGUCUUCAGUCUUUUGCUAAAAUUCAGCUAACAGUCUCUUCUCUGUAUGCCAGUUUACCUCUUGAUAGAUUUACUUGGUUAACUUUGGCAGGACUUACCAGAGCUCACGUAGCAGUUGUUGUAACAGUAAACCCUGGUGACCUAAAGGUCUAUUCUGAUGCCGGUGAUCUAAAUGGCUUUGUAGAAGAGGCUCGGGAUCUCAUUUUGACUUUGUAUGACAUUCGAAACUACAGCACUUCAUGUCUACCUUCUACUUUACAUGCUAAUGAUGAUAGUGCUGAUGAAAACGAGACUACUACGCAUCAACUUGAACCAUCCUCUGUUGAUCUUGACACGGAGAUAAAGAAGUGGAUUAAUCUAAUUCUAACUUCUCCAUUUCUUCAAAUUGAAAAUCCUCACUGGCCCAGCUACGUCAAUAUGCUGAGGAAAGUAAAUUCUAAACCUUUUGCUGCCCUUGUUAUAGAAACGGUGAAGGACAUAGUUCAUAUCAACUUAAAAAGAUUUGAUUCAGUUACGUUUUUCAAGGUUGUCUCAGAACUUUUCUUUAUACCCAAGGAGGUUGUGGGACAGUUUUUGAGGCAAUUUCAGCCUCGACCAUCUGAACAACUAAACAAUAAAGUGUGGCAAAAGUUUUUUCAACUUGUUUUGAAACGUGAAUGGAAGUUGAAACCAGAUAUCCUAGCAGUGUUGAAAUCUAUUGCUAAUUCAUGCUAUGAACUACGAGGUAGACCAAACUUUUUUCUUGAUCUGUUGGUGUUGGCACAGCCCCAAUGCUGCCCUGCUUUACUGUCUGGUGAUGGCAAUGAGUUACUAGUUGCCUUAAAAGAAUUUCUGAUUGAUUACUUGAGAAAUGUGAGGACUGGCUUACAAGGACACUUCAAGAAUGCGAUGGUAAGUGUGCUGUGA